UAAGAGGGAAAAGAUGAAAAGAACGACUCAACUUCAACUUUAUUUUCCAGUAGCAUCAGAUAUGAUAUCAAGACUUAUCAUUACUUGGGCCUUGUUGUACAGGAAGUAAAUGAAAUUGAGGUAUCAGCAUAGCACAACUAAGAAAAAUACUGUGUUGUACAGUAUGUGUAGAUUGAAGAGGGUACACGCAUGACUGAACAUACAGUGCUACGUUACUAUCGGUUUAUGUUCUGCUGUAACUGUCAGAGUAUCUAUUGAUGGGGAUGCUGUUGAAGGCCAAGAAACACGAUUAGUUUGUACCGUUCAAAAAAGUAAUCCUACAAAUACUAAUGAUCCAACUAUUAGAUGGCGAGAGGUUGUCAACGGCUCACCUGUGACAAUAGUGGAGUAUCAGGAAGUACCUGGUCCUGUGAAUAUGGAUUAUGCUGAUAGAUUUAGUGUUGAAGGCGAUGGCUCUCAACUUACUCUUGUUAUUGAUAACACGAUGCGAACUGAUGAUGGCAUAUAUCAAUGUGAGGUUAACGUUCUAAAUGAUCCACCUUCACCAGUAUCUGGUGCAGUCACAAUAAGUGUUGCAUUUUUAGAUUCAAUAUUGUUAGACGUUACUCCUAAUCCUGUUGCUGAAUGUGAAUCUGUAAUGUGUGUGUGUUCAGUAAAUGCCGAACCUGAUCCAACAAUCAUUCUCUAUAAAGAUGAGGCUCUGAUCAAGACGGAAAUAACAAAAAAUCUAGCAUACAAUAUAGACAAUGUGACGAGGAGUGAUGGAGGAAACUACAAAUGUGUAGCAAGUAACAUCGCUGGUACUGAUACAUCACAAGUUAAACAAUUGGACGUUCAGUAUAAACCUGAAUUUGGAUUAGCAAACGAAGACACUGUUGGUCAUGAUGAACAGUAUGUUAUUAAACUUGAAAUAUCAGCUAAUCCUAGUGAUGUCACUUAUCAAUGGACCACUGAUCCUUCUGGAAUUGAAGAUGUAGACACUAACCCAGCAACUUUUACAGUAAAUGUACCAGAUGUUAACGUCACAGUGUUUACAAUAAGAGUGGAUGUUGCUAAUAGCAUUGGAUUGACAUCAAAGUCGAUUAAGAUAAUUGUAAGAGCAAGUCCAUGUGCUGACGAGCCCUGUGGAAAUGGUGGCACGUGUUCAGUUGUUGAAGAAGGCUACAAUUGUAGAUGCACUGAUCAUUUCCAUGGAUUAAAUUGCACAAACUGCAUCUACAAGGAUGGCUGUGACUUGGAUAAGGGGGACAUGUACUACAGUGAUGGGAAUGGCGUUUGUGGAUGCUACUGUGGUGGUUGUAGACAAUUUGAUAAAAAUACAAAUCGUUGUGAAAUAUGUUCUCCCCUAGCAGUCUGUUCAGUCUGUUCAAGUAGCACGAGUCUGACAAUUGGAAUGCUAUUUGUGGGCAUCAUUAUUGGAGCUUUCGGGGUAAUUGGUGGAUUGAUCGUCUACACGAGGAUUAAACAGAAGACAAAAAUAGACAAGAGAAGUACGGACAAGAGUAAACAAGAUACUUACAUGGACUUCACGGCAGAUAGACCAACUGCUGGCAAUGAAAACCAGACUUACCAAGAUCUACAAUAUAGAGAAGAAGAAACAGCUUAUGUUAAUUUGAAGUCGGGAAAGAGAUAAAAAUGUAAAGAGGAGCAGUAUAUGAUUGGAGUUAAUGCGUGUUGCUUGAACAAGGAUCAUGAUAAUCCAUGCAAAAUUUAAUCAAUAAUGAUCGUACAGCAACGAAUCAAAGAAUUGUUUAGCUCUGUCCACGUUAUCAAUUUUGUGAUUUUUCAAUGAAGCCUCCGUGGACUAAUGGUUAUGACGCUCGCCUUGACAGCGAGAGGUCGCAGGUUCGAAUCCCGCCAGAGGCAUUACACAAUUAUUAUUUUUACACAUUAUUAUU